CGGAUGUACCACUUUGUAGAACCAUAAAGGAAUAAGAAUAGAAGAGAUAAACAGACAACAAUAGCUUUCAUCAGAACUCUUACCUCGACUACUUUACUAUGACAUCUGUCCACCCCCUCGCCACCCUCUUCUCCCUCGAGGGCAAGACAGCAAUCUGUACUGGCGUCACAGGCGGAAUAGGAACAGAAAUCUGCACCACCCUCGCCGAAGCGGGCGUCGACAUUGUCUCCAUCCAGCUAGAGGGGGACCCGAACGGAGCCCCCCUCCGCGCGGCAGUCGAAGCGUUAGGCCGAAGCUUCCACGCUUUCGAAUGCGACGUUGCGGAUUCCAAGGCCCUACGGGAGACCUUUUUUCGCAUCUGGGCGGAGGGUAUCGUGCCGGAUAUCCUGCUCAACUGUGCUGGGAUUAAUCGACGAGGACCAGUUGUUGACUUGACCGAUGAAGAUAUUGAUGCGGUGCUGGCGAUUAAUCUCAAAGCAAGCUAUGUCGCUGCGCAAGAGUUUGCGCGGAGACUGCUCGCGCUGCGCCGGCCUGGAAAAGUCAUCAAUAUGGGCUCCAUGCUCUGUUUCCUGGGAAUGUAUAAUGUCUCGGCCUAUGCGGCGUCCAAGGGAGGCGUGCUGCAGAUGACCAAGGCGUUCAGUAACGAAUGGGCAGCGGAUGGUAUCCAGGUCAACUGUAUUUGUCCGGGGUAUUUGAAAACACCCAUGACGAAGAAGAUCGUCGAAGACCCCGAGUAUAGCGCAUAUAUCAUGAAAAGAACCCCCGCGCGGCGUUGGGGAGAGCCAAAGGACCUGCGAGGAGCGCUGAUCUUCCUGGCGAGUCCGGCGAGUGACUUUGUGACGGGGACGAGCAUUGUCGUUGACGGGGGUAUGUUGGGAAUGUAGUAUUCAUCUUUCAAGAGAUACCUAAGGGAUAGGAAUUCCUGUAACGAGCUUAGUAUAGAC